GCUGACCGCGAACAAUGCGACCUUCAACGUGACCGGUAUCAAGUUCGACCAGGAAACGACAACCUUCCGAGACGCGAGUGAAAGUGAUGAGCCUGGCUUCGGAACCUGGUCUGUCGACUAUAGUUAUGGCGGUGGCGGCUAUGGCAAUGAGGGCACUCUCCCCCCUGGGGGCCCUCCUAAUUGA